CAUUGUGGCACAUACGUCAUCAACACAAGCCUCGAUAUCUGCUUCACAAAAAGUCGAGUCACUCGACAGACACACGCUUCGAAGUCUCGACACGGAGGAGACAUCACCAGGAACCGCUACCAGCCCAGCUUCACAACACACUACACACCCACGACCAGGAAACACAACAACAACAAUAACAUGAUUGGGCUGGUCGGGAAAAUGGCCGCCAUGAUAGCAGGAGCAGCAGGUGCUGUGAUCCUGGUUCCUGUGACUCUGGGAGCCAUAGGCUUCACCUCAGCUGGAAUAGCUGCAGGCUCCACGGCUGCCACCAUGAUGUCGUCUGCUGCAGUCGCAGGCGGUGGAGGAGUGGCCGCAGGCAGUCUGGUGGCUGUUCUGCAAUCAGCAGGUGCUGCUGGUCUGUCGUGGGCUGUCACUGGAGCUGUGGCCAGCACCGGAGCAGCAGUGACAGGGCUGAUGAGCCUCAUCAGCAGAUAAUCUUCGACGGAAAAGCAAGAUUGAAAAAGUCACCUUAAAUAAAGUUGCAAAUCAGAAAUUCAUACAUUUGGAAUGUGGAAUAAAAAACAUGACUUGA